GCACAUGUAUCGAAUCUGUCAGGCCUCAUAUGCGCAAAGAAUGGUAAUCACGGCCGGCUAGAUCAUCUGAAAUGAGAGCGUGUCGCGUAUCGUCUUGUCGACGCCAGAAACUGCUUUGUCCAAGCACGUUUUCAAUCAAUUCUAGAAGCACAUGUCGUGAAAGAUGAUCCUGUCAUGCAACUUCUCGCUUGCUCGAUCUUCUAGCUCCCGCUAAUACGCCAGGAACCAUAAUCAGCAUGCAAGUGAUCACUUAUAAAGGUGCAGCAGCGCAAGUGUUUCACCAUGUCUGUCAGCAAGCCAAGUCACAAAGCUAAUUGAUCAUGGUUGGUGUCGCAACAACUAUCUUGGCCAAUUGGCUAUUGUUCAGCGCGACCUUCGCUCAAGCAACUACCUCCGACCCCACUCAACAGCUUGGUGGUAAUAGUCCUUGGUUCCCUGGCCCGGAUGUGAACGACAUCACUUACGAGGUCCCUGAUGGCUGCUCUGUGGACAUGGCGGCUUUUGUGUCUCGACAUGGUUCUAGAUACCCGGACACAGGUGCAUACAACCAAUGGGUAGCUCUUGCUGCAAAGAUCCAAGCUGCUCAGUUCACUGCCACAGGAGACUACAGUUUCCUCCAAACAUGGAAGCCAGUACUCAGCAAUCCAGCUGUUCAAAUCGCGGACAUCUCUAUUGGAGGCUACAAGGAGUUGUAUGACAUGGGUGUCUCUUAUCGCUGGAGAUAUCCUGACUUCUAUACUGAGAAUACUGCUUUCUCGGUCUUCGCCAAUCAGUAUCCCAAUGCACCCAGAGUGGUCAACUCCGCAAGACUUUUUGCUAGAGGAUACUUGGGCCCCAACUCUACCUACGGAGAUGUCUAUGUGAUAAAGUCUACUGAUCCCAAGUCCAUCGCCAACUCCCUGGCACCCUCUGACUCUUGCCCAACGUACAGCGACAAUGGCGGUGGUGCUAACCUUACUGCAUGGAACAAUCUUUACCUGCCUGCUGUCACGAAGCGUGUCAACAGCCACAUUCACGGCAACCUCAACUUCACUGACUCCGAUGUCUCUAUCUUCCCCUAUCUCUGCGGCUUCGAGACUCAGAUCACUGGUCGUGAAUCACCAUGGUGCAAUAUUUUCAACGAGGAUGAACUCCGAAAGUACGAAUAUGCACAGGAUCUUCGCUACUACUACGGUUCUGGCCCUGGCUCCGGCAAGAACUAUACAUUGAUGCAACCCGUGCUCAAUGCCAUUGUCCAGCGCCUUGUCGAUGGGCCCAACAAGACAUAUGUCAACAGCAAUGGUCAAUCGUGGACACCUGGUCCUCUCAUCCCUAUGUUCACCAACGAUGGUCAGAUCAACCAGCUGGCUGCUGAAAUCGGCGUGUUCGAUCAGCAAAAGCCACUACCAAACAACAAGAUCCCCAAUGACCAGAUCUUUGUCGCCAGCAACUAUGUCACCAUGCGUGGUACCAUCGGGUUCGAGCGGCUGAGUUGUUCGAACAAGAAAUACGUUCGUAUCGUACUGAACGAUGCUGUAUACCCGGUACCAUCUUGUCAGAAUGGCCCUGGAAAUUCUUGCCCACUUGGAAGCUAUGCCGCGCUCGUCGCUCAGAAGAGCAAGUCUCAAGGCAGUCUUGUCCAGACUUGCGGUCUUACCAAUUCGACUGGUGCAGCAAGUACCAACACUGCUACCUUUUUGGUAGACAAUGCGCUGUCAUGGGAGUAUGUUGUCAAGCCUUAAGUGGCGCGCAACUACGAAACCCAAAUCGAAAUCUUGUGAGUUUUGAUUGCCCGAUAUUGUUGGGGAUGGUGACAAAGACUCGCUCUUUCUUCUUGUCCCUUGGAACCGAGUAGCAAUCUUGCUCGCUGCAGUCAGUACCUUCCAGAAGUAUCGCCAU